UCUCCACUAGAACUCGCUAGACUUGAUUGGUUACACUUUCUUUGGUGCUAUAUAAACGUUGGCAGAGCAUCGAAACCUCAUAAGCUCUUCAAUCUCCACAACACAAAGUAUACAAUUACUCCCCACUUGAGAGAGAUUAAUUUCUUCCCCUUUCAUUUCCCCUCACGCCACUUUCUAGAAAUGGCUUUCUUUAAUCAUCACUUCCAAGUUGAAAUGGUUGUUGUUUUUGGCAUUUUAGGCAAUAUCGUUUCUUUCUUGGUGUACUUGGCUCCACUGCCAACAUUUUUAAGAAUAUAUAAGAGAAAAUCGACAGAAGGGUUCCAAUCAAUACCCUAUGCAGUCGCCUUAUUCAGCGCCAUGUUAACUUUGUACUAUGGCAUGCUCAAGCCUGACGGAUUUUUGCUCAUCACCAUUAACACAGUUGGAAUCUUCAUCGAAUCCACAUAUAUCUUGAUGUUCAUCAUUUAUGCACCAAGGGAUGCCAAGAUCUAUACCGGCAAACUGCUUGUUGUACUGAACGGAGUAGUGUUGGGAUUAAUAAUUUUUACUACGAUGAUGUUCUUCGAAGGGCUUGUGCGAAUCAAAAUUGUAGGAUGGACUUGCGCUAUCUUUUCUGUCUGCGUCUUCAUCGCUCCUCUUAGCGUCAUGAGGCUGGUUAUCAGAACAAAGAGCGUGGAAUACAUGCCACUUUCGCUAUCCUUCUUCCUCACUCUCUGCGCCGUCAUGUGGUUCUUCUAUGGCCUUCUGGCUCAUGAUUAUUUCGUCGCAACACCAAAUGUGCUAGGCUUCACUUUCGGGAUUGUCCAAAUGAUACUCUACACCAUCUACAAGAACAAAAGCACACACGCGAUCCUCCCUGUUUCGAAGAUCGAACUGGAGGCGCAGAACGACGAAACGAAAGCGAAUGAUCAAAAUUCUAAGCCAAGUGAUGAACGAGAAGUUGCAGUACAAGUAGUGAGUGAUGGUGAUGACAAAGAAAGGGCAGCCCCAUGCAACACAUUGGUGGUGGAGUACUAAUUAGAAAUUUUCUUAGAAUUCGUGAUGACGUAUCGGAUAAAAACAGAAAUUAACAAACAAACAUGAGGAGAGAGAGCUCCGGAAACAGAAAAAGGACAAUGCUUAUGUAUACACGUCUAUAUACGGCACUUCAACUUCCAGCUCGCGUAGGCGUUUGAUUUAGCUACAAAAUGAAGAAACCCCUUGAUUUGUAAUCAGCUCUUGGCCGUAGAGAACCGAAUAAUACACUGCUCUUUGUCGUUGCAGUUUCUAAAUAUUAGUUUGAUCAAUUUCAGUUUUCAACACUUGAGCUAUAUAUUUCAGUUCACGCCUAUUUUUUCUGAAAGCAGUCAUCAUAUAGCUAGGCUGAUGGAAAAAGUAGAAUUUUUUUCCGAUAAUAUAUAUGAUUUCUCCUUUCC